CAGUUGUAUGCUAGGUCACAGAUGGAGUAAAUUGCCUAGGAUCAACAAAGUUUAGAAGGGCUUAUCGUCAGUCCAGAGGAUGGACAAGCUAUCGAACAACACAGGUAGUUUCAGUCUAAGUUCAAAGCUAACAAGCUACGCCUGCUAGCCAGUCCAGUGUUAUGGAGCUUCACAUGUACUGGUUACAGUUUUUUAUGAAGCGUAGAGGUGCCUGGAUCUGUGGUCUCCAACAUUACUGAGCUCACACAUAUGAUAACUGCAUACUUAAUGCUGAAGGCUGUAAGAGUGUGCCAGGAUGCCGGAGAUAGUACAGAGUCAGACAAAUAACCCUAAACUGCCACGGCGGAAGAAAAACAAGGAGAUUCAUAAUGCAGUGGAAAGGCACCGUAAAGAGAAAAUCAAUGCUGGUAUCAAUCGGAUUGGAGACCUUUUGCCUUGCUCUCAGGCCUUGAAACAGAGUAAAAAUAUGAUUCUGGAAGAGGCUUUUCGUUACAUCACUGAGUUAAAACGACAAAAUGAUGAAAUGCUGCUUAAUGGGGGAGAAAAAGGCCAAGCAGAGGAGAUAGAGCGAUUACGGCGCCAGCUGGAGGACCUACGCAAGGAAAGUGCUCAUUACAUUGAGCUCCUCAAAGCUAACAGCAUCAAUUUCCUGGAUGACCCCACUAUACACUGGAAAGGGAAGCAGCGCUGUGCAAAAGUAGCCAAAGUAACUCCGACUCAUUUGAUGUCAAAGGGAAUAAUUGUGUACUCCAGUAGGAACACUUCCUGUCCCACAAGCAAAGUUUCCAUUCCACCAAGUCCAGUUUCUCACCUUGAUAAACAACCAGCAAAUGCUGUAAUGGUCCAACCAUCAUGUGAUAUUUCAUUGGGCACAGGCCAGACUCUUAGUAUUACAAAUGCAGCACCAUUAAGCAAAGUUAUAGUCUCCUCUGCAUCUGCCAACAUACCUGUAGCAACUCUUAUUCCUGCUGUGUCCAAGCCAUGUCUCACAGUGGUGGAACAAUAUUCUCCUUUGGCACCGAUUACGCCAAGAUUGAACCCUCCUAUGAAUUAUCUUACACUUCAAGGUUUAUGUCCCCAACCUGCGGUCAACACACCGCUCCCACCACAAUGUCAACCAGAUAACCCAACCCCCAGUCUCACUUCUGCAACCAGUCCAGCUAUGCCUCUCAGACUUAAGCCUAUGCUAAGCCUAUCCUCACUGCCUCAAGUUGUGAUCAGUAACUCAGUAGUUCCUGCUGCUGCCUCCACUGUACUCCCGCAAAAUUCUGAAAUCCCAUCUGUAUGCCCCAUAUUACCAGCAAACUCUAACCUUCUUAGAACCAGUGCAACUAGCAGCACUCAGACUACAUGGACAACACUACAACUGGCUGGAAAUACAGUUCAACCUGUCUCCCAGGCAUUGGUCACAGAUGGUGCCAGCAUUAAACCGAAUCCUCAGCACCUCUCUGUAUGUUCAGUGGGGACAAAACAACUGGAGGAGCCCGUUUCUCUCCAGUUACAACCACAGGUUCCGAUGCAACUGCAAGCACCAACACAAACAUAUAUUCCUAUUCAGCCAUCUAGGCCUAGACCUCCUCAGCUAUAUUCAGCAGUUGUUCCACGCCCUCAGACAGCAGUAGCUGAACAGUCUUCACUUUUAUCAGUGCCAGCUAUUGUGUCCCAAGCUGUAGUUGUCCAACAGCCAUCUGUUGAACAACAGCCAGUCCAUUUAACCCAUCCACAAUCAGCUGUUCAGGCACAACCAGCACUAUUACCAAAACCUCAACUUAACUCUGCUCCGAUGGCCAACUCUAUACCCACUAUAGAACCUAAACUUCAGAUUCAGGCUGCUAUGCCAUCUCAGCCUCAUUUGCAACCUACAGUAGUGCCCCAAGCCCAGUCUGCCAUUGUGCCUCAACUGCAUCUCAGUGUGGUGCCUCAAGAUCAGCCAGUCAUAAAUCCACCAACUCAACCUGCUCUUGUGCCUCAGCCUCAAGCUACCCCACUGCCAUUGUUACAGACAAUGCAGGUAUUGCAGGUGAAUUCAGACGAAAUGCCAGUUGCUGUGACAUCCUCUCCUCAAAAUAAUGCACAUGUUGUUAUUCUACAACAGGGAAGUUCAUGUACAGCACCACAGGCUCUCAGAGAAGAUAUGACCAGUCAGACACCCUGCCAGCACAUUGUCAUAAUUCAGGCACCUGCUUUGACACCUGCAUCACAGAGCCAUCACACUGCCAUUGUUUCAACUCCAACCCAGACUUUUUCAAGUCAGAUGAACACUUCACACCCUACCAGUGCAACUAACAUGCAGGCAUCUGGGACAAAGCAGCUGGUACACAUUCUUCCACGCCCCUUAACGCAAUUGCAAGCACAAGCUCCUCAGACUAUCACUGUGAAUGGACAAGUUUAUGUUUUGCAGUCGGCAAAGUCACCAGAUAAGGGGAAAUCUCAGCAAUGUAGUCAAAGUGUGACUCAAAUCCUUCAGCCAAGCUGUGAGGAACCCACCUCCAGUGUUGCCAUGAAUUGUUUAGGUGCUCUAACAAGUCUUAGUCAGAAUAUUUCGAAGAUCUCAAGUAAAAGCAAUGUGCAAAUAUACACGAUUACUCCACCUUCGUACUCUACUGUGCAACCACCUCCUCCAGUGUGUGGUUCAGAUGUCAGCACUUGUGCUGAAACUAUUUUUUCCACCUCUGUUCCUAUACCAUCAACACCUACUGGCAGUGCAGUUAAAAUCCUGCCAAAGAAAGGUAGUGUGACCUCUGGAAACCAAUCCAGACAAACCUCAGUCAGAAGAACCAGAUUGGUUAAACGAAAAGAACCAAAACUUGGGCGAAGUUUGCAGAGAAUUGCUGCAAAAAGUAAAGCGUUUGUUUCAAAUGAUGCAUGUUCUGAGUCAUCCACUGUAGCGACAGAUGUUGAUUCAUUGAAUUCUGUAGGUAAAUAUAUGGUUAGGCAUGAUAGUAAAACUCAGAGUGUACCUACCCCAAUUAGUGUCAGUUCUACAUCCAGUAGUUCUGUGGUCAUUAGUGUCAGUUCCUCCAGUGAAAAAUCAGCAGACAAUUCUGCCUCAUCUUCAGUAAAUGGCAGUGAAUCUAUUGUCAAGCCCUCUUUGGCUGGUGGAGAAAUUUCAAAGACCAAAGCAAAAUCCAUCAGUGUUGUCCCCUUGCAUAACAAUACAACAUUUAGCAGUGUUAGUUCAACAGUAAAUUCUACUCAAGGUAGUGUAGUUAUUUCUUCAAGUUGUGACCGCUUAAAUAAAGGCAUAUAUACUCCAGAUACUGGGCCCCAGCUUAAUUGUUUAGCUGAUAGUGUUGCUCUCUCUUCACAAUGUAGCACUGUGGACACUGUUGCAACUUUGUCAGUUACCUCAUCAGAAGGUAAUGUUAACGACAUAUGCAGCGUGUCAUUUUUUAGUGAAACUGCCAGUCAAAAUGAGGUGACUGCCAGUAAGGUGUGCUCCAGUAAUGAUGGCAGGUCAACGGACUCAAAACCUAGUUCCAUUCCACUGACCACGGUAAGCUCUUCUCAAAACAACUCAAUAGUUAAAUCUGUUAAUUCUGUACGUUGCCAGCCCCCUGUAUCAAGUGAUGUAUCCACACCGAGUAGACAGUUUGGACCUAUAGAGAGUGAACCAACAGUGUCCAUCAUGCCAGGUCAGAGUAUUUCACAAAUUCAAGGCAAGUUUGCUAGAAGAGAUGAGUUGACUACCUCUUCUCAAAUUCAGUCAUCAUUUAGUGUAUCCUCAACUUCAACUCCUUGCUCAGACACCACUAUGUCAACUGCACCUGUUCAGCUUCCAGAGGCUUCAGACCAUUUCAAAUCCCUAAAACGAACACCUGCAAUGAAUAUAUCUGUGGCAGCCACUAACCAUGGAACUUGUUCAGACUUCAAGCUGACUGAGUCAGGUUUAAAUACACAACCUGGCAAGGAUGGACAGUGUGUAAGUGCCACAGAGAAACAUGUGACAGAAGUAGGUGCCUUUGCUCAAAAAGACAUAGUUCCUCCACAGCAGGAAUGUACAAUGGACAAUGAUUCCUUUGAGCCUCCAUUGGGAAAUAGUAGGCAGACUGAUUCACCUCUGGCAGGAGGUUCAGGUGGCAGAGGCUUUUCUGUUGCAUCAUUGCUCCCUGCAGGCCACAACAUCAGUGCCUCUGCAAGUACAUUUGGCGCAUUCACUUUCACUUCUGAACAGGCGGAAAUAUUAGCUAUGGCUGCCAGAGCCAUAUUUGAACAGGACAGCCCAGGCAAGAGGGCUGCUGCUGGUUGCAGUGUUGACAACCCAAGUACUGCUGCUACAGGGUGGGACCUUCCAAAAAUGCAGCCAACCCCUUCUAACAAGGAGAGCAUGACCGACCAACAGGUUAAACUGACAAAGCAGGCUGAUUUAGCCAUGUCAAAAACUUCACCUCAGGUCUCUGGUCGAGGUCCUCCAGUUGAGCAUUUGGCCAGUGACACUGUUGGCACCAGACUUCCACAGACAACAGCUUACUCGCAGUCACAGCCUACUACUGUCACUAGCCUUAAUGUUAAUAACCUCAUCAGACCAAGCUCCAGCCAACCUUAUACAGGAUCACCUAAUCUUGCACAACAGGUCUCUGCUCCGUCAUCCAGGGAAGCUUCCAUUAUGGUGUCUCAGUCUUCCUCUCAACUUCCCCCAACCUGUUCUGGCCCUGUUCAACCCAAUGAAUAUGCCCCUUUGAAGAAUGCACUGAUGCGAACUCAUGUCAGUGUUGGAAUGGUUGAACGUCAUCAGAAGGAUAUGCCAAAAAGGUCUGCCCAAGAUGACCUUAUUCUUCCAAAUAAGCGUUCAAAGCCAUGCCCAGCAGGGAAUGUUGCAAGAGUAGAUAUGAAGGCUACAGAUCAUGUCCAGAUGAUGGUUGCUCAGAUGUCCUCAAGUACUUCUACAGUUAUGACAAGGAAUCACUCUGUUGGAGUUGGAGCUCUGUUUUCUGGUAAUAAUUUCAUGAGCACUGUUCUCCGCCCUACUGAAGGACACUGCUCUACCCAGGUGCCAACACAUGAACAAACUCAGCCAAGUGUGGUGCACCUCCAGCAAGGGCAUGCACAACAUAGCACUCCACAGUCUGGGCAGAACUUAGGUGGAAACCUCUACCACAAACAUCAGCAACAGCAAGAACAAAGGCACCUUUACCAGCUUCAGCAUCACCUCACACAGCCAGAAUCUCAGAUCCAUAAUAUUCAUCAGAGGAACCUGCUGCAAGACCAGCAUGUGCACAAAAAGAGAGUUGUACGUGGUGGGCAGACAGGACCAACUGUUGGUCUGCAGAAGCAACACCAUUUGGAAAAGAGUGGCGUGCAGCAGCAACAUCAACAACAACAGCAGCCUCCUCCGCAACACCAACAACAGCAUCAGCAUCAGCAACAAUCCCAGCAGCAUCAGCAGCAACAACAGCAGCACCAUCAACAGCAGCAGCAAUCACAGCAACAGCAACAAAAAGCACAACAGAUUCAACAGCAGCAGCAAUCACACCAACAGCAGCAGCAAAUGGCACCACAGAAUUCACACUCGCGUCAUCAGCAUCUUCAACAGCAGAUUCAGCAACAACAGCACUUUGGGGCUAGACAGGACAAAAAUUGUGAGGCCCAACAGGCAGGUCAGAGGGCACAUCAAAACAACCACUUGGGUCAGCCAGAGCGUCCACCUGGUCAGGAUCAUGGAGCUAUGCAAAGACUAAUGGGGUCUCGGUCAUUGGAACAGCAGUUGACAUCCCAGGCUAGCAAUUCUGUUUCUCGUUCCUCAGAUCUUGCUUGCACUCCAUCACGUCAGGAGCGCCAACGUCUCUCUAGUUAUUCAGCAGAGGCUCUUAUAGGGAAGACUCCCGCUACUGCAUCUGGUGAACAACGUAUGGGAGUGCAUCUGCAAGCACCUCGAAACAGUGCACAGGACCAGUCAGAAUUACGAGGCUAUGUAGACUCGUCAUGUGGUAAAGGAAAUAUUGCUCAUAAUUCUCAGAGUAGACUCCCCCCAGACCAUGCUAAUACCACAGACACACAGAGAAUACCAGAGUGUGGACCUUUCAAGACUCUGGUUAGUGGGCAUCAGCUAAGUAACUAUGAAGUGCAAGUGUCUCGGAGUGGUGACAUGUCCAGCAAGUCUGUACCCCAGAUGCACAGAGGUCCUCAGUCACAAGCAGGAUUCAGAAUGGGUACUGGACCCAUAGGUGAUGGGCGUGCACGUGGGACAUAUUCAGGUCCACAUCCUGCUGCUCAAGGUGUGCACAUUGGAGCCGGGUUGACAAGAGAGCAAGAGGGAUGUCACCAGAGCUUCAUGCAAAGUCUUUUGGCACCACAUAUUCCUGAGCAAAAUGGGCACCAGAGAGCAGCACAGGGCUGUAACCCAGGGAGUAUAGAGUACAACUGUGUUCCUGGGACCUCUGCUGGAGAACUUCAAGCUAAAUCUUCUAGUCCUAAUUUGCACCCUGCACAGAAAGCUGCUAACAUACGUCUAGGGGACAAUAACAAAGGCCAUAUUUCUCAGGUGAGUGGAAAUUUGCAUGGUCUACCUGUAAGAGCAGGUCCACCCCAUCCUCCGACACCACACAGCAGUUCAGACACAGGACGCACGCAAGGCUCAACCAGGUCACUCUCAGCGGUUAGUCAGCGCCCCCACCAUAUUGGACCAGAUCCACAAAGCACAAAGAUCCGUCCUGCAGACCGACCACGGUCUGGAAACUUGAGACCUGGCAAUCCUUUUGAACCAGAAAGUUCCCUGCCACUUCCAUCAAGUGGAGGAGUGCUCCUUGGCCGUACACAAACAGGAAGUGAAGCUAGGCGAAGUAGCAUUGUGCGUUUCAUGUCAGAAGGUGCACAGGUCAGCAUUGACAACAAUUUGGUGUCAGACCCACAUCUCACCCAGAAUUUUGGCUUUCCCUUAAUUGGUGAAGGAGGAAUGAACCCACCACCUCCCAUUAAUGCCAAUGCAUCUUUCAUCCCACAAGUCACGCAGCCCAGUGCCUCUCGCACCCCAUCCCUUCUUCCUGUGGAACCUCAGAACACUCUACCAUCAUUUUACCCAUCAUAUUCUCCUGCAGCUCAUCCUAGCCUUCCGAGUGAGAUUCCUUUACAGUAUUUUUCCAAUCAGAUGUUUACAAGUCCAAGCACUGACAAGAGUGGCAGUGCACCAUUGAACAACCGCUUUGGUUCUAUUCUUUCUCCUCCUCGACCUGUGGGCUUUGCACAGGCCAGUUUCCCUCUUCUCACAGAUAUAACACCAAUGCCAAUUGCAAACUCCUCAGGCAUCCCACCUCAUUUACCCAACUUCAACCUGACUUCUUUAUUCCCUGAAAUUGCCACAGCAAUGCCUCCGGAUGGCACCUCUAUGCCAAUGUCCCCUUUAUUGUCGCUUGCUAACACUACUUCCUCAGACUCAAAUAAACAAUCUAAUCGCCCAGCCCACAACAUCAGUCAUAUCCUAGGACAUGAUGGGACCUCUGCUGUUUAAAGCAACAGCAUUAAGAAAAUAGUCUCUGUUUAUUCUCCCACCAAAUUUAAAUGCUCUCACCCCUUUUAUAGAUGAUUAAAAGGAUUUAUAGAAGAUAGUCAUGGCGGAAAGGCUUUUAAUCCUUUGGAAGCAGUUAAAGUGUGGAAUGUUCUCAGCUCCCACAUUAUGAUCACUUCAAAAUGAAUGGGGGGGAAAAAUCAGUAAAAUGUUGCAUGUGAUGUCUGUUAGCCUUUGGUAAGUUUCCUUUGCUUGGGUUUUCUGCGGAUAUUUGGGGCUAUCAUGGUUCUACAUGAUGUACAAUUUGUUCCAGGUUUUUUAUCAUAAGAGCAGCUCCCAAUGUUUAAUAGGAAGAACAUUCUAUAACUUGUUUUAUUCUGUAGCGACAAUAGUAACUAGGUAUAAAAUGCCACAGCUGAAAAGGAUAUAACUGCAUUUAAUGCUACAGUAAAUAUAAUUGUUUUGUAAAGUAUGUUUUUCCAGUGCUUAAAAUUGUUUUCUUUUACAUCAAUUCUCCUGCAGAAAACAUUCCAAAAGAACUUUUACUUAUUUAUGAAAAACAUUGCAUUGUCUGUAGAUAUUUGUAAAAAUGAAAAGUUAUUAAAGUUUUUAAUGUAAAAAUCUUGGAAUGUUUUUGUUCUCCCUUUCUGAAUUUUGUUUAGGGUGUUAUUGUGUUGAGCUGUUUGCUCUUUAUUUUUGUAUUUUUUUGAAAAGCCUAAUUUUCAGAUUGCUUGUUAAAGCAUGUUAAAUCCACCAGAUGUCAGUACCUUUAAAGAUUGUUUUGGCAUUAGUUUAGCUCAAAAUAGCUGAACAAAAACAUUCCUUAGUGUCCAUUAGCUAUGAACUACAGCCUACAGUUUUAUCUGUAUUUUUCACAUUGCAAAGUCUAGCAUGUGAUAUUUAGGACAGAAUUCACACUAUCUAAUUAGGGGCCAAGCACUGAAGGUGCCGCAGCACCUAUUGUUUUCGUUAUUAUUAUUAUUAUUCCUCCUCCCCAGAGGGAGGCUAUGGUAGCCCAUAGAACCGUACGUAGGAAAAUGUUGAAAUUUGGCACACUGAUAGGUGUGGUCAUGAAUAGCCCCAUACCACAUUUGGGGUCUCUAGGCAGGGCCGUAGCAGGGAAUUCUGGGCCCCCUGACUCUAUAUUGUUCUGGGCCCCUUUCAAAUAAAAAAAAUACAGUCUAAAAUUUGUUGUGGGCUUCCCUGGACCUGUGGGCCCCUAGAAUCAUUACCACCUUUCACCCCAUUAGCUACGGCCCCGUCUCUAGGACAUACCCUAUUGCACCAACACCAUGUAAGAAAUUCACUUUUCUUUUGCAUGUAUCUUUUGAACUGUUUGGCCUAGACACAAUUCUUUUUUUUUGCUGAUUCCCUUACAUCCCCUUACAUUAAAAUUUCACCCAUGACAGUGGCCACCAUCUUGGAUUGACAUUCAUUGUUUUUUCACUACUAUUCCUUCAAACAUUACCCAGUUCUGCUAAGCAAGGUCUCAAAAUUAUCUCCAGACUGAGCCACACAGAUUGAAUAAAUUCACAUUUUUAUUUU